AUGAAGUUAGGCCAUAGGUCCCAGAAAAGCGGGGGUAACUGUGCCCCCAGCCCCUGUCUACAGGGCGGCAGGUGUCAGGACCUGGGCUACACCUACAGGUGCCUCUGUCCUAGGGGCUGCACGGGACGGCGGUGUCAACUCGGCAAGCCCGAGCCACGCGGUGUGUAUAUCUCCAUCGGUGGCGGAAAGGACGGCGGUGGAUCUUCAAACUCGGGAAAAGGAGCCAUCAACGUCAUUAACAACCAGAUCUCCGUGUAUGGUGGUGAUACCAAGCCCUGCUGCUCCAAACCUCCAUGUGCAUGCCAGGCUAGCCGACCAGCUCCUGUACCCGUCCCUGUGCCCGCCCCUGAACCGGUUCCAGUGGAGGUGCCGGUUGAGGUUCCUCCGGCCCCAGCAGAGCCAGUUGUGGUUGCAACAGAAGUACCGAAACCAGUGGUUGUCACUACACCCGUCCCAAAGGUAGAGACACCUGCGCCAGUCGUUGUAACUACAGCCGCCCCGAAGGUUGAAACUCCUGCACCUGUGGUUGUGACAACAGCCGUUCCGAAGGUAGAGACACCUGCACCUGUGGUUGUGACAACCGAAAAGCCAGUCGUUGUAACUACACCGGUCCCGAAGGUUGAAACUCCUGCACCUGUGGUUGUGACAACAGCCGCCCCAAAGGUAGAAACACCUGCACCUGUAGUUGUGACAACCGAAAAGCCAGUUGUUGUAACUACACCGGUCCCGAAAGUGGAGACACCUGCGCCUGUAGUUGUGACAACGGCCGAGCCGAUCAUAGUUACAACAAAGCUUCCACCGACUCAAAAACCGGAAACUCCAGCUCCGGAACCGGAGCCGGAAGCUCCACCAGCGGUCGAAAAAGUGGAAGCAGAAUCUCAACAAAGUUCCAGUUCAAGCCAGGUGGAGACACAACAGGUCCAGCUAGACUGCGCCAAAUGGCAGACCUGGUACGGUGACAUGAAGAAGAAACUUCCUGCUGCCCAGUUCCAGAGCAUCAUGAACUCUUGCAAACCCAAUACUUGUCGAGACGCUGCCUUCAAGGAGACCUACCCAGACAUGUUUACGGCCGUGGGUUGUGCGGCUUACUUACUGUCUAUAAAAAGUCAGGUACAGUCACAGACACAGCAGGUCCAGCUGGACUGCGCCAAAUGGCAGACCUGGUACGGAGACAUGAAGAAGAAACUUCCUGCUGCCCAGUUCCAGAGCAUCAUGAACUCUUGCAAACCCAAUACUUGUCGAGACGCUGCCUUCAAGGAGACCUACCCAGACAUGUUUAAGGCUGUGGGUUGUGCAGCUUACUUACUGUCUAUAAAAAGUCAGGUGCAGUCUCAGACACAGCAGGUCCAGCUAGACUGCGCCAAAUGGCAGACUUGGUACGCAGACAUGAAGAAGAAACUUCCUGCUGCCCAGUUCCAGAGCAUCAUGAACUCUUGCAAACCCAAUACUUGUCGAGACGCUGCCUUCAAGGAGACCUACCCAGAUAUGUUUACAGCCGUGGGUUGUGCAGCUUACUUACUGUCUAUAAAAAGUCAGGUGCAGUCACAGACACAGCAGGUCCAGCUAGACUGCGCCAAAUGGCAGACCUGGUACGCAGACAUGAAGAAGAAACUUCCUGCUGCCCAGUUCCAGAGCAUCAUGAACUCAUGCAAACCCAAUACUUGUCGAGACGCUGCCUUCAAGGAGACCUACCCAGACAUGUUUAAGGCUGUCGAUUGUGCAGCUUACUUACUGUCUAUAAAAAGUCAGGUGCAGUCACAGACACAGCAGGUCCAGCUAGACUGCGCCAAAUGGCAGACCUGGUACUCAGAUAUGAAGAAGAAACUUCCUGCUGCCCAGUUCCAGAGCAUCAUGAACUCUUGCAAACCCAAUACUUGUCGAGACGCUGCCUUCAAGGAGACCUACCCAGACAUGUUUAAGGCUGUCGAUUGUGCAGCUUACUUACUGUCUAUAAAAAGUCAGGUGCAGUCUCAGACACAGCAGGUCCAGCUAGACUGCGCCAAAUGGCAGACCUGGUACGCAGACAUGAAGAAGAAACUUCCUGCAGCCCAGUUCCAGAGCAUCAUGACCUCUUGCAAACCCAAUACUUGUCGAGACGCUGCCUUCAAGGAGACCUACCCAGACAUGUUUAAGGCUGUCGAUUGUGCAGCGUACUUACUGUCUAUACAAAGCCAAGUACAGUCGCAGACUCAGCAGGUCCAGCUGGACUGUGCCAAAUGGCAGACCUGGUACGCAGACAUGAAGAAAAAACUUCCUGCUGCCCAGUUCCAGAGCAUCAUGAACUCAUGCAAACAGGUCCAGCUAGACUGCGCCAAAUGGCAGACCUGGUACGCAGACAUGAAGAAGAAACUUCCUGCUGCCCAGUUCCAGAGCAUCAUGAACUCAUGCAAACCCAAUACUUGUCGAGACGCUGCCUUCAAGGAGACCUACCCAGACAUGUUUAAGGCUGUCGAUUGUGCAGCUUACUUACUGUCUAUAAAAAGUCAGGUGCAGUCACAGACACAGCAGGUCCAGCUAGACUGCGCCAAAUGGCAGACUUGGUACGCAGACAUGAAGAAAAAACUUCCUGCUGCCCAGUUCCAGAGCAUCAUGAACUCAUGCAAACCGAAUACAUGUCGCGACGCUGCCUUCAAGACGACCUACCCCGACAUGUUUGGAACCCUCGGCUGUGCAGCUUACUUACUGUCUAUACAAAGUCAGGUGCAGUCUCAGACACAACAGGUCCAGCUAGACUGCGCCAAAUGGCAGACCUGGUACGGAGACAUGAAGAAGAAACUUCCUGCUGCCCAGUUCCAGAGCAUCAUGAACUCAUGCAAACCGAAUACAUGUCGCGACGCUGCCUUCAAGACGACCUACCCAGACAUGUUUGGAACCCUCGGCUGUGCGGCUUACUUACAAUCGAUUUCUAGCCAGACUCAGACGUCGUCUUCAUCGAAGACUCUUGACUGCGGAGCCUGGAAGACGUGGAUCCAGUCCAUGAGAAAACAUCCACAGUUCGGCCAGAUUAUGAACGCGUGCAGACCACAAAUAUGUAAGGCCGCGGCCUUCAAGACAGGGAAGCCCAAGCUAUUCGAGACUUACUGCAAAGGAUUCGCCAGCAAGACGCAAACUACGUCUAAGACUACGUCUAAGAGUUCAUCUCAAACCCUGGAUUGCGGUGCCUGGGCGAGUUGGAUCGGUCAAUUGACGAAACACCCUCAGUUUGACACGAUCAUGAAGACAUGUUCACCGGUAACAUGCAAGGAUCCGGCUUUCGAGGCGAAUGAGCUUCACUCAAAGUAUUGCACGAGCAAGCGUUCUGAGGUAGAAGAAGAAGAAGAGGUGGAGAACAUGACCUUUGACCUGGAUUCCCUGACCAAUGAGAGAGAGUUGACAGAGGCAGACGUGGCGGAGGAGAAGAUGAGCCGUGUCAGGGAGCUGCUCCGUCUGCUCAAGUCUUCACUCGACUGAGC